AUGGGAUUGGGAUUCACUCAUCAAAACCCCAUUCGCAUUGCCAUCAAAAGAGCAACUACAAACCAUAUUGUCGAGGGGGAAGUGCCAAUUCAGCGAGUAUCUGCCUUCAAGAGGCUUCACUAUGAAGAGGUCCCGCGAACAUCGGUUUUCAAGAGGCUAGGCAAAAAGAUGAAGCAUGGUGCACCAAAAGGAAAUGAUGAGUUGCAAAUGACUCAAAAGUUACGAAGUCUUGUGCCUUCUCGUAUGAAAAGAUGCACCACAUUGUCGGUUUCUUGUGGAAGAGAAUUGAAAGCCAAGAUGAAAACUGUUAUCUUUACAAAGACAGUCGAAGAUGACGAAGAUAGAGAGAGUGUGGACUCUUCCAAAACAAGGACUCUUGAGGAUGAUGAAGAUAGAGAGAGUGUGGACUCUUCUAAAACAAGGACUCUUGAGGAUGAUGAAGAUAGGGAAAGUGUGGCAUCAUCCUAUUACAUUACCAACAUUGCUUCUCUCAUGGUUCAAGACAAAUCAAUCAGGGAUGGCAUAAUUAGAUCGAGUGACGUGAAGGGCAUAAUUCGUGUGAAACGAAUGGAUGAAACGAUAAAGACAUGCAUAGCCUUUGAAGACCCCAAGCAAAGAAGUGAAGUCGUCUCGUCAAAUUAUAUCACCCUAAGUGAAGAGGUGAACAUGGAAGAAGAAGACGCUGAGAUGGCUCCUCAGCAGUUUGAAGAAGGCGUUAAGUCCACCAUUGAUGAGCUAAAAGAGAUUAACUUGGGUACCAUUGAUGAGCCACGACCCACUUUCAUUAGUGCAUUAUUGACAAAAGAUGAGGAAUGCGCAUAUGUUGAAUUGCUUAAAGAAUUUAAAGACAUAUUUGCAUGGUCAUACAAAGAAAUGCCAGGGUUAAGUCCAAAGAUAGUUGUACAUCAUUUGGCUGUCAAAAGGGAUUCACGUCCCGUCAAGCAGACGCAACGACGAUUUCGACCCGAGUUGGUGCCGUUAAUUGAAGCCGAAGUGAACAAGCUCAUUACUGCCGGAUUUAUCAGAGAAGUCAAGUACCCAACAUGGAUCUCUAGCAUUGUACCAGUACGAAAGAAGAAUGGACAGAUUAGAGUGUGUGUCGACUUUAGAGAUCUAAAUGAAGCAUGUCCUAAAGACGAUUUUCCUCUACCAAUUGCUGAGUUAAUGAUUGAUGCGACCACGGGACAUGAGGCACUAUCUUUUAUGGAUGGAUCAUCGGGCUAUAAUCAAAUUCUUAUGUCGCCAGAAGAUGAAGAAUUAACGGCGUUCCGCACUCCCAAAGGAAUUUAUUGCUACAAAGUUAUGCCGUUUGGAUUGAAAAAUGCUGGUGCCACAUACCAAAGAGCCAUGCAAAAAAUCUUUGAUGACAUCCUUCACAAAAAUAUUGAGUGCUAUGUGGAUGACGUGGUAAUGAAGUCUAGAAGACGAAAUGACCAUUUGCAAGAUCUGAGAAUAGUCUUUGAGCGGUUGAGGAAGUAUCAACUCAAAAUGAAUCCCUUAAAAUGCGCAUUUGGAGUGAAGUCUGGAAAAUUUCUUGGUUUCAUCGUCCGCCACCAAGGCAUAGAGAUUGAGCAAGCAAAGAUCAAUGCGAUAUUGAAAAUGCCUGAACCGCGAAACAUCCAUGACUUGAAAAGUCUUCAAGAAAAAUUGGCGUACUUGCGAAGAUUCAUCUCAAAUCUAGCCGGGCGAUGUCAACCAUUCAGUCGAAUCAUGAAGAAGGGCAUACCCUUUGAGUGGAAUGAGUCAUGCAGCACUGCUUUCAAUAACAUCAAAGCAUACUUGAUGAAACCUCCUGUUCUGGCCGCACCUGUAAUAGGACGUCCUUUAAUCCUGUAUAUCGCUGCUCAAGAACGCUCCAUGGAUGCACUACUCGCACAAGACAAUGAAAGCGGGAAAGAAAAUGCUCUGUACUACUUAAGUAGGACGAUGACACCAAAUGAGUUGAACUAUUCGCCAAUUGAGAAGUUAUGUUUGGCUUUGAUAUUCUCCAUCCAAAAACUUAAGCAUUACUUCCAAGCUCAUACGGUGCGGCUCAUCUCCAAGGCAAACCCGUUAAAGUACGUCAUGUCGAGACCAGUCUUGUUCGAUAGACUUGCAAGAUGGUAUCUCCAGUUGCAACAAUUUGAAAUUGUCUACGUCCCUCAAAAAGCGGUAAAGGGGCAAGUAUUGGCUGACUUUUUGGCAGAUCAUCCAAUCCCCGCAGAAUGGGAAUUAACUGACGAUCUCCCAGAUGAAGACGCACUUGCAAUUGAAAUCUCCCCACCUUGGACAAUGUACUUUGAUGGAGCAUCUCACCAGGAUGGAGCUGGUGCAGGAGUUGUGUUCGUGUCACCAGAAAGACAAGUGUUGCCAUAUUCUUUCACCUUGACCGAAAAUUGUUCAAACAAUGUAGCAGAAUACCAAGCGCUCAUCCUUGGUUUGGAAAUGGCAAUGGAUGCGAAGCAGCUACACUUGAGGGUUUAUGGAGACUCCAAAUUGGUAGUGAAUCAAAUCCUUGGAUUAUAUGAAGUCAAGAAACCGAAUAUGCUCCCAUAUGUCAAAUAUGCCCAAAAACUCAUUGGACAAUUGGGGGAUGUCGAACUUGAGCACGUCCCGAGAAGUGAGAAUAAACAAGCUGACGCAUUGGCGAAACUUGCCUCUACAAUAGCCAUGGUUGGAGGAGAAGUUGCUAUACCAGUUUGCGAAAGUUGGGUCAUACCACCUGUCUUCGAAGAUGAGGAUUGUGAAGAAAAUGAAACCAACGCUGUUGAAGUCUUCGAGAUAGAAGAAGAAGAAGAUUGGCGCCAAUUGUUGGUAGAUUACCUGAAAUACGACAAGUUGCCAAGUGAUCCACAUAGAAAAGUUGAUAUUCGGCGACGCGCCACUCGUUUCAUAUUCUUUAAAGGAACACUUUAUAGGAGGUCAUUUGAUGGAGUCUUCCUAAGGUGCUUAAGCAAUGAAGAAGCUGUUAAAGCUAUGGAAAAGCGCAUUCUGAGGUGCCAAGCUUGUCAAUUCCAUGCAAACCUUAUUCACCAGCCACCUGAGCCACUACAUCCUACAGUCGCGUCUUGGCCAUUUGAUGCUUGGGGCAUGGAUGUUGUUGGCCCGUUGACGAAAUCAUCAGGGGGACACUUAUACAUUCUGGUUGCGACUGAUUACUUCUCUAAGUGGGCUGAAGCACUACCCCUAAAAGAAGUAAAGAAAGAAACUGUUGCUGAUUUCAUCAAGACCCGCAUCAUCUAUCGCUACGGAGUUCCCCGAUAUAUCAUUACUGAUAAUGGAACGCCUUUCAGCAAUACGUUGAUAAAUAAACUUUGUGAGAAAUUUGGGUUCAAACAGCGAAAGUCAUCUAUGUAUAAUGCGCCUGCCAAUGGAUUAGCGGAAGCUUUCAACAAUACCUUGUGCAAUUUGUUGAAGAAGGUGGUUGCGAAGACAAAGCCUGUCAUUCCUCUCGAACAGCAGAUUCCCUCGCUAAGGAUUGCCAUACAAGAAGGCUUGACCGAAGAAGAAAAUGCUCGUCUACGCUUGGGAGAGUUAGAAGCAUUGGAUGAGAAAAGACUGGAAGCUCAACAAAGAUUGGAGUGCUAUCAAGCUCGAUUGUCAAAGGCUUUCAACAAGAAGGUACGACCACGCUCUUUUCAAAUUGGAGAUUUGGUCCUUGCAGUAAGAAGGCCGAUUAUCACCACUCGUCGGGUCAGAAACAAGUUUGUAUCAAGAUGGGAUGGCCCAUAUGUCGUCUAA